CGUGUCGUUGCGUGUGUCUGUGUGUGUGUUUGAGUCAUGAUAAUGCUGUUGUAGCUUUUAUUCGUUUUGACAGUAUGUUUUUUAUGAAUGAUCAUUUUGAGACGGAGUACUCGAAUAGACAGUGCUGCCUUGAAGGCUUCUUUUCACUAGCAUAAACUAAUAUGAAGCCGCUAUUUAAUUCUCUGAGAUGACCUGCAUCCAGAAUUCGAAAAAACUGCACAAUAGGAGCUUAAACUACAUCAACUCAGUCUUCAGACAAGGCUUUUCAAUGCGAGCAGAUAUGAAUCAGCAAGAGGAUGAUAACCAUGAUGAAGAUAGUGACAAUGAACAGUCUUCUGAUGAGAAACCUUCAAAAGCAGGAUUUCUUAGUAACAUUAAAAGGAUAAUCACUGAUGUCCGCUCCAAAUAUCGAUCCAGAGUUCAGAAAUCUUUGUCUUUAAAUGAAUCUAGAGGUCCAUUUUCAACCAUGUCAAAUUCAAACCCUUCUGAUGAAAGUCCUGAGGAAGAUCAUCCGAUUGCUGACAUGGACAUGACUGACCAAACUCAAAGCCUCUCCGGCCAUUUGCAAGAGCUUUCUAAGUAUGGGUGGUAUUGGGGUCCCUUAACUCGUGAGAAAGCUGAGGAAACAUUAUCUAACCAACCUGAAGGGUCCUUCCUGGUUCGAGACUCGGGAAAUGACCAUUUUCUUCUGACCGUCAGCUUUCGCUGCUCUGGGCGAACUUUCCACACUCGGAUCUUUCAUGCUAGUGGGAAAUUUAGUUUGUAUUCUGUACCAGAACCAUAUCCUUUCAGUAGCAUUCCUGAAAUGAUUGAGCAUUCUAUCAGUUCGUCUCAAUCCAAUGUGUUUUGCUAUUCAAGACCACGGUCACCUGGACAUCCAUCAUUUCCUGUCCGACUAGCAAAACCAGUGUCUCGUAUCACUCAUGUGGAAUCACUUAAAUAUCUAUGCCGUUUCGUGAUUAGACAACACACUAGUGUAGAUCAGAUCAAAAAUUUGCCUCUUCCAACAAGUGUUUGUCGAUAUAUUGAAGAGGGACAGUUUUAAGUCAAAGGGUGUUUCACUGAUAUUAUCUGUAAAUUAGUGUACAAGAACUUGAGUAUUAUCUUACAUCUUCAAAGGUUUUCAUUGGAUGCAACAUUGAAAAACGCACUUCUGUUCUGAUUGUACUGAGUUUUUAUAAUGUGUCCCUCAAUCUGUCUCUCAAUAGAGGCACAAAAUAAGUUACCUAGUCAAAAUCUAUUUGAUUCUUUUCAUGUGACAUUUUUAUAAUUAUUUCUGGCAUACAUCCUGCCAAUUAUUUUAGAAAGAUGAUUUUAAAGAUGUUAAUAAUGAUUGAUAUGAAUUAUGUGAUACUUGAGUAGUCUGGAGUUGAAUGUGACAUAAGUUUUAUCUCUACCUGGAGUAACACAUGUUUUGUUGUGUGCUAAAACAGAUUUUAGAAUGUUGUAGUGUAUCAGCAUUUGUGGUUGACAUGAUUUAUAUUGUGACUUGGGCCAUCUUUAUUAAUCCAAUGGGUUUUAACAACUGUUUCUUGUUGGACUUGAAAUAGCCUGGACCACCUCUGCUUUCUGAGAUGACAUCAAAUUAUAGAUGUGCUUUUUAACAUCUGAUUGUUGAUAACUAAAAUUAGAAUGCAAAGACUAGAGAUCAAGUUUAUGGCAAACAUCCUCAUGCUGAUGCUGGGAUACAAAAUACCACUUUAUGACCUGGUAUGAAAGUCUGAACAUUAGUGGUAUUAUUUUCACAGGAGCCUAUUGAUUAUUCUUUUUGUGUUAUGUAAGUUAUUAUGUCAACAUAGUAACUUUGUAUAUGCCUUUGUUGUUGUUAAUUUGUAAGGUCUAUUGUCUAUUGAUUGUUCAAAGAUAUUUGAUACUAAUGAUUUUGAUUAUGUCUGAAUGGUGCACACACAAUUCCAACAGAAUACACCUAAUUAUUAUUAAAACUGAGGGCUUUUCUACCUGUGUCAAGAUUUUUAUGGAAUGAAUUGGAAGGAAAAAGUUGUUUCCCUUCUACAAUAAAUGAAUAAAUAAGAAGUC